AUGACGUCCCAGCAGAGCCAUGGUCUCUCGCCAGCUUCGAUUGAGACCAUUGCAGGCUUGUCUGCCGGCCUGAUAUCCACCGUGAUCGUUCACCCUCUAGAUAUCAUCAAAACCAGACUGCAAGUUGAUACCUCUGCCCACCCUCUCCUCAAUUCCUCUCGAGCCGUUCUACGAGACCUGUUGCGGAAUGAAGGUCCCAGUCGGCUCGCAGCACUCUACCGGGGACUCAGUCCCAAUCUUGUGGGCAAUUCAGCUGGCUGGGGAUUGUACUUUUUGUGGUAUCGCGAGGCUCAAGACGUCAUUCGAAACCUCCGAGGCUAUUCUCGUGGUCAACAACUCACAGCUGUCGAUUACCUAGCGGCCUCGUCUGCGUCUGGUAUUCUGGCUGCGAUACUGACGAAUCCAAUUUGGGUGGUCAAGACGCGGAUGCUUUCCACCUCCGCCUCUCAGGUGGGUGCAUACCCGGGCCUGGUGUACGGACUGCGAGCAAUAUACAAAACAGAAGGAGUCCGAGGGUUCUUUCAUGGUCUGACACCCACGCUGGUUGGGGUCAGCCACAGUUCACUGUAUUUCGUGGCAUAUGAGAAGCUUAAGGCGUGGCGUAGGGCGUCCAAGAGAGACGAGCCACUUUCGAACCGGGACACCAUCAUGGCCUCCUCGUUCUCGAAAAUCUUUGCUGGGACUGUGACAUAUCCCCAUCAAUUGGUGCGGGCUCGGCUGCAGACCUACGACCCGAAUGCAACCGCACUUGUGAAGAGACCGGGUGUCAUUGCCUUGAUCAAACAAAUCUGGCGGAACGAAGGUCUCGUUGGCUAUUACAAAGGCCUCUUCCCCAACCUCUUGCGUGUUGUCCCUAGCACAUGUGUCACCUUCCUCGUAUAUGAGAAUGCUCGGUGGGCUUUGCCGAGAAUAUUUGGAGAGGUGGAAGAGCAACCUCCUGCAAAUAUGGCUACGGGAGUGGCGCAGAAAGGGCAAAGACCCUUGUAA